AUGACCGUGGUCAUGGAGCCCAAUCCCAUGCCAGGCACAUUCCUGCCUGACAACGACUUUUCUUUCCGCUGCGCGAAAUUCAAAGCAUCUCCGUUCCUGCCUCCAGAUCGCGAUACUCUAAACACCACCACCACCUCCUCCUCCUCCUCCUCCUCCUCCUCUUUCUCACAAAACUCUCAGUCAGGUUGUCGUCAGUCUGAGAUAAACACGUCUCGUUUCUCAGACGACCAGCGCUACAGCCGCAAGCGACCACGGCUCAAUACAGGAUCCCUUCAAGAUGCCGCUCACAAUCGUUCUACAUCGGCGCAUGGCGACGUUUCGAGUCCUUCACCUCUAGUCAACACAAACUACCGCAUCGCAGGCGGCCUCGACACCCCUACUGCUUCCAGAACGCAGCAUGAGGAAGACGCCCACGAAUUUGACUACGAGAUAGACUGCCGACCGAGCAGGUACAGCUCUCAAAACUCAUUGCACACCACAGACUCUUAUUUCCCGAAGACAUCCGCCCCAGAUCAGAGCCGGAAGAACAAGCGGAGACUGUCGCCGCCUUCGCCGCCAAUGAAGGGCUGGGGGAAGACAGUGUGGGCUUUCACUGGUGGUUUUGCCGGCAAAGUCAUCAACUUCUGCUGGAAUACGACUUUCAGUGGGUUCUAUGCCGGUGGUGGCGGUGGGUAUAAAUUCGAUACUGGAACGACUGGACCGGCCUCAAGCACUUGGGCCGAUGUUGGCACGAAAGGUGAUGGUUAUGGUAAUGGCUACAGCACCUAUUCGAGAAAAAUGGAUCAAGAGAUAACACCGCUGCCCGGGGGGUUUCCGGAUGAGAGUCCAGAAUUCAUCGAGGAUUACAUGUCCAAGUUAACUGUCGACCAAGAGGAGCACAAUGAUGUGACACCCCGUAAGGGUCGGCGAGAUGAGGCUCCGGCGACAUCACGCUACAAUAGCUGGGUGUUAGUCGAGGACAGCCACGGUACUUCCAGAUCGAGGGAAUCGAGCCCGGUCCGGAAAAAGUCCAGAGCCAGCACGGCGAAUCUCUAUGCGGCACGACCAUCAAACGUACCGCGGCAUCCGAGUCACACCCUGUGCCGUCCGUGUCUCACCCCCAGGUCGUCGACAGCAAGAUCAUCGGCUUCCUACGCCUCACCGCGCAAUUCAAUCAGCUCGAUUUCCACAACAAAGCACCAGCCACAUCAUGCAAUAACCUCAUUUCCCACAACCGAUCCCCAAGAAAAUACCGGAAGGCGCCAAUCAACACGUCCUAGUAGCAGUCACUCAAAUCGUGGCUCACCUGCCUCUCCAUGCCGGCAAUCCUCUGUGUCUCCAACAAGUCCCUCGCAGAAGCAGUCACCCGAGGUCCGAAAGUUCGAGCAAAAGAUGCGCAAAAAGGAGGCCAAGCAAGAUCAAACCAUGAAUCGCUUCAACUAUCGUCUACAGGCGAUGAUCAGGGAGGGCCAGGCCGCGCUAGGAAGUCGAGUUGAGGUUGAGAUGGGAGAUGAGGACGUCGACCUAGACGAGGGAUACUACGAGGAUAGAGACGUCAAAGGGGGCAUCAGAGCGUGGGGGACCGAGGAUGCCAGGCACUGGCCGCGGUCUUAG